AUGCAAACAUUUAAUAAUCCUCUAAUGAUUUUGAUCGAGUUGAAUAAGAGAAAAGAAAUCGUUCAUCUUGUUAAACGUCUCCUUGAGAUAUGUUGUGAUGCAAUUGAAAUUGGACAUGAUGAAUUACUUGAACAUACAUUGGAAAGACCAUCAAAUGAUACUUUAAUAUAUUUUAUAUUAUUCGAAGAUUGUUUUAUUAAAAUAUCUCUCCGUCAAAAUAUUUUGAAUCAACUUACAAACUUUUGGAAUGUAUGGGAAGAAAAAGGAUUACGGACUCGUCAAAUAAGAUGUUGGCAAAAUUUUACUUCCAAUCAACGAUACUAUUUCAAUGAAAUAUGGAAUCUUGUUAGAAUCUUUGCAAAAAAAAACUACGAAGUCAAGAGAUUAUUUGAUAAACAGUACCAAGAAAUUCUCCGAAUGAUUAAAUUAAAAGAAAAUAUUGUUAAUUGUCUAAAUGCAUAUUGUUCAGAAAGUAGUGAUAAGGAAAAAUAUUUAGUUCUUCUUCAAUCUCUGCAACAAAAAAUUGAUGAAGGUGGAGUACAAUAA